UCAUUUGGAAUUGUUGGUUUGCGUGGGAAUGGAUUACAGAGUGCGACUCCUUUACAAACGGUUUCUUCUGGUCGGUCGACAGUAUCCUGAGCCUUUUGGUAUAGUAAGAGAGAAAAUAAAACGAGGUUUCCAGGCAAACUCAACUAAUUGCGAUAAGCCGUCGAUUGAGAGAGCUCUGGAACACGGAGAGUUCGUCCUGAAGGAAGCGCAAGCGCUAGUAAGUUUACAUAAAUACCGAACACUGAACAAGCGCUACGGAAGAAAUUCAGAUGAGUUUUGAAACAAAAUUUCCUUUGAAGUGGUUGUGAACCCGCAGUUUAUUACUGAAUGUUUUUCUCACAGAAGACAGAACUAGACCCAGGUUUUCCCACUUCCCCGUUUUGUACAACUUGUUUUUGUUGACUUUAGGAACACAAAGUCUUCGGCAGUUAGGUUGACUGCUGCAAAGUCGAAGUCUUUUACCAUAUUUUUGUUCUUAUCUGUUAGAACUACUUGAAGAAUCAAAGUCUCUUGCUUGAUAGUAGCUUUUGCUGUUCCAACUCCCAAGUGUAAAGUAAAGACUAGAGGAGCUUUUUGACGAGUUAGUUUGAUUAAACAACGUUCCACUUUGAAUAUUUUCUGUAUUUUUAUGUAUCCUUUAGAUAACUAAAAGACUGCCUGCUUUCGAUUGUUUUUUAUGCGAAACUCAUGCGUUUCUAGGGCUAAGGUCGGAUAGCGCGAAAAACCCCACAGGACAUAACUGAUAGUACCUGUUGGGAAGUCCAAUUCAGGACAAUUCUUUGGAAGCACUAUUUUGGAUCAACACAAUCCUCAGCUAUACGUUGGCAUCUCUUGUCUAAGCUUCCAGUCUUUGAGUUUUAUUUCUACGCCGAAUGUCACAAUCAUCGCAUCGGCGGCAUAAACUAGCCUGGCCAUCU